AUGGCGACUUUUCGAAUGGGAGAGACGCAAUCGAAUGGUGGUGGAGAAGACCCUUGGCUUGCUCCGGACAAAUUGUACCAUCUAGUUUUCUGCUUCUCCAUCUCUCUCCUCUUCUCUACUCUCGCUGCUUUCUCUCGCCACUCCUUUCUACGACGUCACUCCAUCUGGAUCGGAUCUGCCUUCUCACUCGCCGCCGGUGCGGCUAAAGAAGCUGCCGAUCAGUUUGGUGUCUUCCCUUCCGCAGGUGCCUCCGCGAGAGACGCCGUCGCGGACGCCAUUGGAGUUGUGAUCGCCGCUUUCCUUCUUUUCCUUUGGAGGAAAUCUCGCAGGUCACGUCCCGAACCGGGUCAACCCCGACCGAUCCUGCCGGUUUGA